UUAUAGUGGUGGCUCCUUGUUCGAGUUGUGGUUGGCUAACCCAGUCGCAGAGAGCAGCAGAAAUACAGCCAGCAGAGCUGGGGGAAUUACUAUACAGGGCAUCUAGAUAUAUGUCUCCUCACUGGAAGAAGAUAAGCCAACUAAGGACGGAUACUUUCUGUUAUAACAGUAGCCAAACAUAGCCUAGCUACUAUAAUAGUUCUACAACAUCACCUUCGUAAUAUCAGUCUUCAUCUCCUCUAUGCCUCCUAGAAAGACUACGCGCAGCCAGAAGCUACAGAUCCCAGUACCGGUAUAUUUUCCGGGCAAUGCGGAAGGAAGGGGUUUCAACGAGAAGCAAUGGGAAGCCUGCAGAGAUAUUUUGAGUAGAGUAUAUGGAGCUAAAGCGGGAAGUCGUAGGCUUUCCGAUAUAUUCCAAGAGCUUCCAGACAGGGAAGAAUUUGCAGAUUACUAUAACGCUAUACCAGAGCCUGAGUGUUUAGACCAUAUUGCUGCUCAACUCGCGUCUCAAGCGUAUCCAAAUCCCGAAACAUUCUUCAAGCAACUCCAUCUUGUCUUUCUUAACGCAAAACAUUAUAACGAGGAAAACUCCACCGUCUACAUUGACGCCAUCAAACUCGAACAGCAGAUCUUCCGGGACUGGUCAGCAAAGGUAGAAGCUCAGGUGUUUUUCCACAACAACCCGUAUCACAACAAUCCAGUCAAGCCAGGAAGGAAGAGUAUCCGAGGCUUUUCAGCGCUCCCGACAAAGUCAACGAGGCCAGGCCCAUUAACGGAAGUGCCACGUCUCAACUCUAUCGCACAGCCUAGUCCUAUCCCAACCUUUGCAAAACCCCCUUCCGGUCCUUCUACCCCAUCGUCCGUGCCGGCCUCUACAUCUGCAUCCCUCAACAGACCCGCACGUUCCAAUCCAUCUCCUCAAAGCCGCCCAAUAUCAUCUUCUAAUAUUACUCUAACUCUCAGUCACGAUUACUCGACUGCCCAAUCAAAUUCCCCGUCAGAUCAAACGAGGAUGGCACCGCGCGAUGCUGACCAGGCUAUCAUCGCAGCUAGAGACGCGACAUUGCCAAAAUGGGAGGGACCUAAAGAGGUAUUACCUGGAAAUCCCGCACCAGGCGGCAUCCCAGGGAGCGGAUGGUUUGGUGAAGGCACGGCCGAUUAUGAAAGAAACAUUGGCGGGCCUGAGCAAUGGCCGCACAAGAUAAGAGAAGUGUUGAGAGCCGUAGAAGGUUAUAGAGAUCAUAGUGGCCAAAGGCUUGCUGAGGUCCUUGACAUCUUGCCCGAGGUGGUAGAUAUCCCGUUCCUGUCAUUUAAUCAUCCCCUUUCCUUUGCCCGAAUCAAUGCCAUCGCGGACGCGUCACGAUAUCUGAGCUUACGAGAUUUUGACAUGGACAUGGCGCGACUGUUCGAAAAAGCCAGACGAUGGUUCCAUGACGGAUCAGAAGAGUACGGCCGAGUGCUCGUGCUGCAAAGACUUUACAAUGCCCUAACUUCCAUCUAUCCUCUUCAACUCCCCCCUUCUGGCAUCCCAGAGCCUUCAUCAAUAGCGUUUGCUUCGAUUCCUGCUGGCCCAGGGAACGCUCGUUCAAUGCACGAGGCGACACAAGAACUCAGGGCCGGGGCAGCAGAGGAGCAAGUCGGAUACGGCAUUACCACUUUCAGGGUUGGCACUAAAGAUAGAGUGUUCACAGAGGAAGCUAGACAUAAAGGGGUAGCGUACAGACUCGGUGACUACGUUCAUGUAAUGAAUCCAGAUGACCCUACAAGACCGAUCAUCGGCCAAAUUUUCAAGACCUUCGUUCCUACAAAGGGGAAGCAAACACAUCAUGCUUCAAUUUGUUGGUAUUAUCGACCUGAACAAACUGUUCACACCCCCGACCAAAUGUUCUAUGAGCAUGAGGUGUUCAAGACUGGACAAUUUUGUGACCACCCUGUUGAGGACAUUAUGGAAAGAAUUUCAGUUCAAUUCUACGUCAAGUAUAUCCGUGGGCGGCCUAGAGAGGGGGAAUUCUAUCCGGGAUGGCCUGUUUAUGUUUGUAAUUCACGUUUCAACCACCGUGAUUAUAACAUUGUCAGAAUUAAAAAUUGGAAUAGUUGUAUUCCCGAAGAACUCCGACAAACUGACUUCAUGUCAAUCAUCCCAUUUGAACGUGUCAUAGAAGCUCGCAUGGUGCCGUCACCAUUAUCGCAAGGAGUUCAAGGCCCAGGGUUCUUCGGCGAACCAAAGAAGGUCCUUGGCGGUAGUGCCGCGCAGGAUGAUGACGAUGAUGACGAUGAAGACAAGGGGAGGAGAAGGGGGAGACCCUCUGUACAUUCUGCCGCUCAUACACCUGCGCCUCAAACCCAGCCACGGGCGCAGCCCGCUGCCGCAGUGUAUCGUGCCUCACCAGCUGUGGUACCGCCUCCUCAACCUCAGGCAGCUCCAGGAGUCGUGCCGGCGCCGCAGAUCCCUGUAACACAACCUGUUGUGGCGCAACAACCCAUCAGGACAUUUGCAGCUCUCAUGGGGGGGCAGCAAGCUCUGGACCAAGUGGCUCAUCGAGAGACGCUUCCAGCGGAAACAGCUCGCCUCUUCCCCACUGAUGCCCGAGGGCAAGUACUAUGGUUCUCUGGGCCACCGUUGGCUCCUGGCGCUAUCCAUAUCCCUCAACAGCCUGUCCAUUCCGUCGAGUACCUUCAAUAUCUGACCAAGCGAAAGAGAGGCGAAAAGUGGACUCCAAGAAAAACGAACCGAAGGUCAGUCGUGGGAUUAUCUGGUACUCAAAAUGUGGAAAAACCAGAUGAGGACCUCAGCAACCUUUGGUGGGCGGAAGGAAAGUCGAGUGAAGAGGUGUUUGAUAGUCUCCGAGAGCUCGUUGAGGACAAGUCAUAGAAAGCUAUGUUUUUCGCGGUUUGGGCAUGGUGGAAUAUAUUACAUUCUGGCUAUAUAGUAUUGUUAUGCUACUG